CAACCGAGGCCGGGCACUGCCCAAAAUCACCUCAAUUAUUUGGUCCCUCUCUCCUUGCCAGCUCGAUCAUAGAUUCAUAGUCAAUAGUCAUGGCCGCCAUGAAACCCAUGUUGUUACUUGUACAGAUGCUGCUCCUCAGCCUUGAUCUUGUAAACAUGGCAUAUGGUGAAGAAUACGCAUUCAUCUACUCUGGCUUCACCGACCAAAACAUCACCCUCGACGGUGCAGCCAUGGUGACGAGGAGCGGCCUCCUCGACCUGACCAAUGGCUCCGUCAGGCUCAAUGGACAUGCGUUCUAUCCAUCUCCACUGCCCUUCCGCAAGUUCUCCGAUGGCAUGGUGCAAUCCUUUUCCACAUCGUUUGUGUUUGGCGUGCAAUCUAGCUACCCUAGCCAAGGCUUUGCGUUCUUCAUUGCACCAAGCAAGAAUUUUUCGUCUGCGUUGGCAGUGCAAUUCCUGGGCCUCUUCAACAACCAGAACAACGGCGACAUGAAAAACCAAAUCUUUGCAGUCGAGUUUGACAGCAUAAAAAAUAUCGAGUUCCAGGACAUCGACAACAACCAUGUUGGGAUUGACAUCAACAGUCUCACCUCCGUGGACGCCUUCCCAGCUGGUUUCUACGACGAUAAAGAUGGUACCUUCAGUAAUCUGACCAUAGCUAGUAAUGAAGCGAUGCAAGUCUGGGUAGAUUACAAUGGAGAUACUGCACAAAUCAGUGUCACCACGGCUCCCAUGGGUGUGGUAAAACCCUUGAAGCCACUAGGAUCAAUCAUCCAUAAUCUCUCAUCAGUACUAAGUGAGAUGGCAUAUGUUGGCUUUUCAUCUGCUGCAGGCCGGGACAACACUCGGCACUACAUUCUCGGGUGGAGUUUUGGUCUAAAUCGUCCUGCUCCAAGUUUUGACAUCACCAAUCUACCCAAGAUGCCUCGUUUUGGCCCCAAGGGUAGAUCAAAGGUCCUAGAAAUCAUUUUACCAAUAGCAUCUGCAGUGUCAGUCCUCUCCAUUGGUACCGUAAUUUUUUUACUUGUACGAAGACAUCUAAGAUAUUUAGAGACACGGGAAGACUGGGAGGUCGAGUUUGGGCCACAUAGAUUUUCUUUUAGGGAUUUGUUUCAUGCCACGGAAGGAUUCAAGAACAAGAACCUUUUAGGAAUUGGAGGAUUCGGAAGGGUAUACAAAGGGAUGCUUCCGGUGUCAAAACUAGAUAUAGCUGUGAAAAGAGUGUCACAUGAUUCAAAACAAGGCAUGAAGGAAUUUGUAGCAGAAGUGGUCAGCAUAGGUCGUCUCCAACACCGUAACAUUGUACAGUUACUUGGUUAUUGUCGACGCAAAGGUGAACUAUUUUUAGUGUAUGAUUACAUGCCAAAUGGAAGCCUUGACAAGUACUUGUAUGGUCAAGAGGACAAGCAGAUCCUUACUUGGGCUCAAAGGUUUCGGGUCAUCAAAGGAAUUGCAUCAGGAUUGGCCUAUCUUCAUGAGGAGUGGGAGAAAGUUGUUGUUCAUCGAGAUAUCAAGGCUAGCAAUGUGCUCCUUGAUACUGAGAUGAAUGGUAGACUUGGUGACUUUGGCCUUGCAAGGUUGUACGAUCACGGUGCUGAUGCACAAACAACACGUGUGGUUGGCACCAUAGGGUAUCUAGCUCCUGAACUAGCAUCAAGCGGCAAGGCAACCCCUCUUACCGAUGUAUUUUCAUUUGGUAUAUUUGUUCUUGAAGUCACAUGUGGGCAAAGGCCCAUUAAGGAAGACAUCAGUGGAAAUACAACCAUGCUAGUGGAUUGGGUGCUAGAGCAUUGGCAGAAGGGAACACUUACCGAUGCCGUGGAUGUUAGGCUCCAAGAUGACUAUGAUCUUGGUGAGGUAAGCCUGGCACUGAAGCUAGGACUACUAUGCUCCCACCCGUUUGCAGAUGCUAGACCAAAAAUGCAGCAAGUCAUGCAAUACCUUCAAGGACAGGUUCCAAUACCUGAGGAUAUGCCACCCAAUUUGAGCUUCGAGAUGCUAACAUUGAUGCAGAAUGAAGGAUUUGACUCAUAUAUUAUGUCAUAUCCGUCAUCAAUAACGAACCAUUCCGACGCCAGCCAUGCCUCCUGUGCUGCUAUGUCUGCUCUCUCCGGAGGAAGGUGACACCAACCAUGGUUGAUUUCCGUUUCGACAACAUAUUAGAUUGUUUGAAAUUAAUUUGAAUAUUGCUAUCCUAUGUAUGCACUAGAGAUGCAAAGCUUACAUGAUUAGAGUUUAGCAGUCCAUUUUAUUCCUUAAGGAAGUAUCACUGUCAAGGAUUGGAGAAGAGUUUUAGGUACUCAUUUCUAUUUUGGACGAUAAGCUUAUGAAUUCUGGAUCUUUCUGCUGCCCACUGAUCUUGUGGCUUUGGCCAUGCUGGUGCAUGCGUAGACAAAUAUUUUUUUUUCAUUUAUAUGUAUUGUUAGACCAGGAUAGAAUAAUAUAGUAUUACCUCAAAUUCGUCCCAAAACAUGACAAUUGUAAUACUCACCACA